AUGAGUAAUAAUUCGAACGGCAAAGACCAUUUGCGGAAAGGCCAGAAGGUAGCAUGGUACGAUUCUAUGAUAGCUGGCUCUGUUUCUGGGGUUGUAGCGCGAGUGGCAACCGCUCCGAUGGAUACGGUCAAGAUUCGGUACCAAUUGCAGCCGCUACACGAGACAAAGUACCAAGGGCUAAUAUCAACGGUGCGCACAAUAGUGAAAGAGGAGGGAGUACGAGCGCUAUGGAAAGGCAAUGUACCAGCGACUGCUAUGUAUGUGAUAUACGGGGCCGUGCAAUUCGGAUCUUACACAGGCUUCAACAACAUUGUGUCCAAGAGGUGGCCAGACACACUUUCACAGCACGUCCAAAGUCUUGUUGUCGGAGCCCUAGCCGGAGUAACCAGCUCGGGGGCAUCUUACCCAUUGGAUUUACUCCGAACAAGGCUAGUCGCAGACAGAAAUAUCACAGGUACCCGCUUGAUCGAAGUCUGUAGAGAAACAAUGCAAACCGAGGGAUUACGAGGCUUCUUCACAGGUAUCUCCACGGCAAUGACCACUGUUACUUUGUCCACAGCCACCAUGUUUCUGACAUACGAGUCUGUGAACAUCCUAUGCGAAAAACACGAGUCCCAACCCUGGUCCCAACCGCUCCGUGCGUCUUCCGGAAUGAUAGCAGGACUGGUUUCAAAGACCAUCGUAUUCCCAAUCGACACUCUCCGUCGCCGCAUGCAGAUAAUGAACUCAAAACGAACAUCCAGCUUCACCGAACUCCCACAGGUGUACGAAAACUACCGCUACAAAUCAUCAAUCUCCAUAGUGCUUGACAUACUCAAACGCGAGGGUCCCGUAGCGCUUUACAAAGGGCUCACCGUUGGCCUUUUGAAGUCUGUUCCAACCACGGCCAUCAGUCUUUUCGUAUACGAGAAGUGCAUGGUCCUAUUAGAGGAGGUAUCCACUGCAUAG